AUGCAGGGUUUCCUUCGCAUAUACAAACAAUUUUUUCCUGAAGGAGACCCGGCUACUUUCGCAUCUUUGGUGUUCAGGGUGUUCGACGAAAAUAAGGAUGGCACAAUCGAAUUCGAGGAGUUUAUUCGAGCUCUUUCCGUGACAUCACGAGGCAACUUGGACGAAAAACUCGUGUGGGCGUUCAAGCUGUAUGACGUGGACAAUGAUGGAUACAUCACGCGAGAAGAAAUGUACAGUAUUGUAGACGCCAUCUACCAAAUGAUGGGCAGUAAAGCCCAACCAGAAACUGAAGAAGAUAACCCUAAAAGAAGGGUAGAUAAAAUUUUUGAACAGCUUGACAAGAAUCAGGACAACAAGCUGUCAAUGGAGGAAUUCCGAGAGGGUUCAAAACAAGACCCGAAGAUAGUUCAAGCCUUGUCUCUGUACGCCUCAUGAGUUCUGCCUUUUUCAUGUAAUCUCCAUCUUCUGCGAUUCUUGUUAACGUCUGAUAGGAUAUUCGGUGUCAUCAACAUUAUAAUUUUAAGGCCACGUUCAAUGAUUUAGUCUGUUAUAAAAUUAAUUAUUUCUACCAACUCAGCUGUGCCCCAAUACUUUCUUCUUCUUUUGAAAAAAAUAGUGGAGCAUCUAUCCUCAAACAAGGCAGAUGAAGCUUACCCUAAGCCUUUAUAACAUACUCAACAUUAUCAAAACUGCACCCCAAAUCACUUCCUGAUUCAGUAUCAGUUUCCUCUUGGACCAAUCUCCUUUAGGCCCCAAAUCGUUUCUUGAUUCAAUACCAGUUUCUCUCUUGGACUAAUAUCCUCUAGGCCCCAAGUCGCUUCUUGAUUCAGUACCAGUUUCUCUCUUGGAUCAGUCUCAUUUAGGCCUCAGAUCGCUUCUUGAUUCAGUAUCAGUUCUUCUCUUGAAUCAGUCUCCUCUAGAUCUCAAAUCACUUCUUGACUCAGUAUGAGUUGCUGUCUUGGAUUAGCCUUAUAGAUUAUAUUAACUAUUACUUAAAACAAGCAUUAUCUAGUUUCUGCAAAAGCUAUUAUUAUGGAGAUUGUAAAUCCUUGUAACAGCAAUGCCAGUUCUUUUGUUAACGGUAGAUUAUCUGUGAACUAUUUCUCUUAAUAUUGUAUUUAAAUUAGAAUUGAUAUAUAAUAGUUACAUUACAAAUUUAUUGGGAAUUGCGUCAUGUACCUUGUUUAAAUUUACGAUUCUUCAUCUAAUAAGAAGGAAAAUUGAAACAUUGCGUGUGAUAAAUGUUUCGGACUUUCAUAAAAUAUUCUGUUGUUUUACUGUGAUCAGAUCACCUAUGUAUAUAACCCAGUAUGUCUACUACUCUUCUAUUUGUGUAAAGUUUACAAACCUAGUGCAAUAUGCAUUUUCUUUUCGUAAGUAUUAGGUAAGUGCAGUCAUGUGUUUCUCUGUACUACCUUCUAAGCCAGUUGUUACAUCUUUCUCGAAUUUUCUUUAUUUAGAUUUUACGUCUUAAAAUGUAAGCAUUUCAUAGUGAUCUUUGUCACGGUUAGCAACGCUCAACGGGUUUUAUUAGUAGACUGAGCACUUAACAAAAAUAACUGAAUUUUCUUUUUGUUUUAGUGCACGUUAAGAAACAAUACAACGAUUGCACAUUCCUACUAGAUAAAUAUGAAGAAAAGCCAAGGAUUUUAAUUAGGCACUAAAAGAGAUAAAAGAUAUUAGUGUAAAAAAGUAUUAGAAAAUAGGAGUUAGAAACAAGGGUUGUAUGUGAGUACUAAAAAUGAUUUGGAAAGAAAAUCGUUUAAGUACCAGCAGAAAAAUUUAAAUUAUUUCAGAAAAGUACUAGAAAAAGAAUAAAUUGCAUGUUUGUUUGAUAAGUAUGCAAACAAAUUACAGUAUAUAUAUAUCCAAUAUUUCGUUGCACGAGAAGAAAGAAAGGAUUAAAUUUUGUUAUAUUUAUUCCCUCUCGUCAGUAGUUUAUCAUAACCUUUUUUAAAAAUAAAAUUCUGAAAGGAGUUCCAUGGAUAUUUGAAGAAAAUUGUGUAAAUGUCCAUAUAUUAACAAAGACUGCAAACACGGCCCUGGUAACGAUUAGUGAUAGGCGGUUGAUCCUGAUUGGAUGAAGUUUAUUCAUCUUUAGGAUUAUUCUAAAUAAUGAUAAGCUUCACAGUACAGUUCAAGAUUAUCCAGUAUGUUCGCUGAUUCUUUCAUAUGGAGUUAAUAAGUUUAGAGUAAUGUAAAACGUCGUGUGUUGACCACAUUGAAGUUUCAUGGAACACAAACAAAAAAUUCACGAAACAUAAAACUUUUGGAAAUAUUCUGUCCAAUUUUAAUCUUUCAGUAUUAUUAACAUUAGAAUAUAAUUGUACGAUAUGUGGAAGGGCAGACUAUUAAUUCCGCUAUACCCAAAGUUUAGUGCUCCAAGCAAUAGGAAUUAGCUGAAUUAUUAUUUUCAAUUUUAAAUAAUUAUUUUGUCAUGCUUUUUAUUUUUGUUUCUUAACGGAGAGUGCCCAAACAUACUGAUGAUGAUAAAACAAUUCCUGUGUAUGUCAGCAAACGGACAACUGAAUAUUAAAAUAUUUGGCCUCCAUUGUAUUUUGAAUAAAAUUAUAAACACAGACCCCUAGCAGCAGAGUACAUUAUUAAAAAGCUCGGUCGCAAGGUAUUGUUAAUUUGAGACAUUAUAAAAUAUAUUUUGGUAUUAAUCCUUGCAGUUUUAAGCGUUGUGUCACGUACUGAAGAAUGGGUCGUUGAAUAAAUUCAUUCUUGUUUAAUCACUUCACUAAGCUUGCCCCCCUGGUUUAAUAGGCACACCAGAAUAUCUGACUACAUUGUCAUACCGAUUUUGUUGUUGUUUUUCAAACCUUUGAAAGCAUAUCCCAGGUUUUCUGCCUCAAUAUUUCAUGAUCGGUUAAUAUUUCGUCCUAUCAGGUUUUGAGAUGUUGCUACGGGUUUGCAGAGAUAUAAUUGAAAAUAUCUGGAAUUGAAAGUGGAAACAAUCCAGUAGCGACUAAGAACAAAAAAAAAAAGCGUAAAAGCUGUAGAGCGAAGUGUAAGUAGGCCUUGCGAUAUCUAGCCUAGACGUGGUUGCUCUGUUGAUACAGCAUUUCAUUGUGUUAUCAAUACAAACCCUUUAUAAAAAUUAAAUGGAAAUAAUUUUUCUCAGGUCUGUUCCUCGAAAUGUUCUUUAAAUAUAUUUCAUCAAAUUGUGUCUUAUUUUCAACUACGUAUAUGUUUUAAAAAGAUUAUUUUGGAUUUAUGUGUUACGUGAAUAUUUUAUUACAGACUAGGAAAAUAUUAUCUGCAGGUGAUUUUUGGAUCUAAUAAUAGCAAUGUAUUGCUAAAAUUCUCGAGGAAAACCUAAUGCAAUGUUUUUCGAAGUAAUGCCAAGUCUGAUGCUUUACACUUUUCCCGGUUGAAACGCGUUGUGCAACAUCUGUACACAGUUGCCAGGUGUUAUCCAUUUCUUAAAUUACAGUAGAUUUUAUAGUUGUAAGAACGCAUUUAAUAAAGAGUCACGAAUGCUUCGAAGGUUAAGCUAAGAUAUUUAAAAUGUUAAAAGAUAUGUUUGACAAAAAAAAAAAAAAACGGCUUAUUGAUUGUUGUGUUUAGUUUGAAGCAUGAAGUUCAGUGUCUGGUACGAUUAAAAUCUUUUGUUUUCUUUCCUG